AUGACCGGCACCAUGCUGAUUGUCUGUCUCCCCACGGAGUUUCCAGAGCAACCGCGAAUGUGGUUGCCAGGUUAUAUCUAUGUUUCAGACAAAUAUAUGCAUUCGCGUGGACCUGUUUCGACAGAUGAACAUAGCGACAAUCGUUCAGUUGCAUCUCGACAGGGUUCUUGGAAAUAG